AUGGGAAGGGAGGAAGUCGAUGCGGCGAGGCGCGGGGCGAACGAGGCGGAGGACAUAGCUAGAAAGACCCAGAAUCGGGUCGAUCUAUCAUGGGCACAGGUCAAAGAAGCGGAAAGAGUCGGGCGUGCUGCGGAGGGAGCGGCAGAAAAUGCGCAGAGGUGUCAGGAAGAACACGAACGGGGAACAGGCACGGCUGCAGCAGCUCUUCGCAGAGCAGAGGAAGAGAAGCUCGCGAUCGAGUGUGACUGGUUUGAAGGAGUUCGCCCCGAGUGCCGCCCUUCGGAGGAGGACAUCGUUCGGAUGAAGGCCAAGUAUGGUUAUAACCCAAACUUCCUCCACCUCGCAGUUGUCGGCUCUUCUGGAGGUGGGAAGUCAUCCUUCAUCAAUGCCGUCCGCGGCCUAUCCAACGAUGACCCCACUGCCGCUCGUACGGGCAUUGUCGAAACUACUAAUGCCGUCACGAGAUACCCUGAUCCACGCCCAAACUCCCGAAUCAUUUGGUAUGACGUUCCCGGAGCAGGCACUCUAAACGUUCCUGAAUGGCAAUACUUCAAUGACCUGGGCCUCUACAUUUUUGACUGCAUCAUCGUGCUCAUGGACAAUCGUUUCCUGGACUCUGACCUCGCCAUCCUUCGCGCCUGCGAGCAGUUCAGCGACGUUGAGGGGUUCAUUGUUCGCUCCAAGUCGGAUCAACACAUCAACAACAUGGCGUACAACAGGAUGCCAAGAGGUUUCGACCUUAGUGAUCCUGACAUGAACAACGAGACUCGUUCCCAAUUUCAGCAAAUGAAAUCCGAAGGACGGAGGAGGUUCAUCGAGGAAACGCGCCAGAAUGUGCAAAUAAACAUCAAGAGCAACAACCUCUCUCCUAAGAAAGUCCACAUCGUUUGCAAGGACGCCCUACUUGCGGUAGGGAGUAACUUGCGCUCCUCGAAGGCAAUUGACGAGGCAGAGCUUCUGAAUGAUAUUAGAGAAUGUGUGCAUAGGCGUCUGCAGUCGAAAUAUUAA